CUCCCUUUGACUGAUUUCGGUUUUUAGAGGUAUUUUGCCCUGGGAUUUCCUCUCCCUGGACUUACCUCUGUCAUAGUUGGCAGGGCUCCUCUGAACCCGAAAUCUGUCAUAAUGGGUGUGACCUUUGGGUGGGCCACCCCUAGAAAUGAUGGGGAGAAGUAGUGCUCACGCCGAGGGACGUGUGUCUACACUCGUGUGGUCGUGGAGGCACUACUACCCUUGCUAGCUGUGCCAACCCUGGCCUGUGGCCUGAGUCUAAGGCUACUGCUUCUGCCACUGCUGCUGCUCCUGCUGCUGGCUGGAGCCUGGUCACAACUAUGGAAAGGAGCAGAGGUCCGGGUCACUUUGAUAGAGAAGCAACUGGCUGCUGUGUACCACGCCUUGCUGGCUAUGGAGCCCAUUGCCAGAACAGCUCCGACCAAGGUAAUAACCAACUAUCCCAUCACGGGAUGGGUGAGAGACUGGACCCAAAGGCCACAGAGUGCUGUGGCACAGACACCUACUGUAUAUCAUGUGACUUGCCAUUUGCCUUUGGCAUCCCCAGGGAAUGAUGAAGCAGACGCAUUGGCCCAGGUUCACUGGCUAGAAGGAAAGCCUGCCUCUGAUGUGGCUCAAUGGCUACUUCAGUGUCUGUUGCACGUGGGGCAAAAGACAAUGUGGGCUGUAGCCCAUCAGUGGGGCUUGCCAUUGUCCUUUGAAGAAGUCAGCUGAGCCCGAAAGGAGUGCCCUGCACAUUGUGCAGAUCAACAAACCACCAAGAGGGGCCUAGAGCAUCUCUCUGCAGCCUAUGGCCAAUUGCUGGUGAUUGAGAGCAAAUAAGGCACCCACUUUAUUGGACAUGCAUUGCAAGGAUGGGUGCAGCAAUUAGGAGUAAAAUGGAUGUGGCCCUGGACAUUUCGACACAUGGACCGGCGAUCGCUGGCUCUUCUGGCACCUUGGGGAAAAGGCCUGGAAACUGGUCUCCUAUGUAUUCCUGGAAUAACAGAAAAGUGGCCCCCCACAUCAUGGUUAUUUGCUUCUACAGUCCGUGUGUCCUGGAUGCGCCCCUUGGCUGCAGCUGCCAUGUGAUAGCUGGAAUGGAUGAGCUUUGGACUUAAUCUGCGUGGGACUUUGAACCUAGCUGAAUCCUCUGGCUUGAGAAUUAUCAUGAUUGUGUUGCUGUUGUCAAGAAAAAAAUGCUUAAAGAGAGGUCUGACUUUGUCUAAUGUUUAGUAAAAGUUUUGUGAGCAAUCUAGCAUAGUUGUUAGGAAUGAGUAAACAAGUGUAGAAACAUUUUGUGCAUAGUGAGACAUUGUGCUGUAAAGUACAUUUACUCAAUCUGCAUAGGCUGAAUCCUCUGGCUUGAGAAUUAUCAAGAUUUUAUUGCUGUUGCUAUUGCAUGUUACUAGAUUGGUCGAAAGAGGGGGAACAAGUAAAUUGUAAGGCAAGAUUUUUGGAGGGGUGGCCUGUGGGUAAAAUUGUAACAUUUCCAGAAUGUCUCACCUGGCUUUAAUUCAUCUGCAUAUCAAUAGGCUUUCAGAGGUGGAAAGAAGUAUGGCUUUAGUGCAUUUGCCUCUUCCUCAGGGGUGGAGAGAAGUUCAUCUCCAUAUCAGAGAUUCAAAUAAAAAUGGAAGAAGAACAAGUUCUACUUUAGAUUCUGAUGGGACUUUUAAUUCCUAUAGGAAAGAAUGGGAAGAACUAUUUGUAAACAACAAUUACUUGACAACAAUAAGGCAGAAGGGGAUUAAUGGGCAGCUGAGAAGCAGCAGGUUCCGAAGCAUUUGCUGGAAGCUAUUUCUUUGUGUGCUUCCUCAAGAUAAAAGUCAGUGGAUAACUAGAACUGAAGAAUUAAGAGCAUGGUAUAGCAGCGUUAAAGAAAUACACAUCACAAACCCAAGAAAGGUUGUUGGCCAGCAAGACUUGAUGAUCAAUAAUCCCCUUUCACAGGAUGAAGGGAGUCUUUGGAACAAAUUCUUCCAAGAUAAAGAACUUCGAUCAAUGAUUGAACAGGAUGUCAGAAGAACGUUUCCUGAAAUGCAGUUUUUCCAACAAGAAAAUGUGAGAAAAAUUCUUACAGAUGUUCUUUUCUGUUAUGCUAGAGAAAACGAGCAGUUGCUUUAUAAACAGGGCAUGCACGAGCUGUUAGCACCUAUAGUCUUUAUCGUCCACUGUGACCACCAAGCUUUUCUUCAUGCCAGUGAGUCUGCACAACCAAGGCAAGAAAUGAAAACUCUUUUGAACCCUGAGUAUCUGGAACAUGAUGCCUAUGCGAUGUUCUCCCAGCUUAUGGAAACUGCUGAACCUUGGUUUUCUACUUUUGAGCAUGAUGGUCAAAAGGGAAAAGAAACACUGAUGACUCCCAUCCCCUUUGCGAGACCACAGGAUUUAGGGCCAACAAUUGCUAUUGUUACUAAAGUCAACCAAAUCCAGGAUCAUCUGCUGAAGAAACAUGAUAUUGAGCUUUACAUGCACUUGAACAGACUAGAAAUUGCACCACAGAUAUAUGGGUUGCGGUGGGUCCGGCUGCUCUUUGGACGAGAGUUCCCCCUGCAGGAUCUUCUGGUUGUCUGGGAUGCCUUGUUUGCAGACGGCCCCAGCCUCAGUUUAGUUGAUUAUAUCUUCAUAGCCAUGCUACUCUACAUCCGAGAUGCUUUGAUCUCUAGUAACUACCAGACGUGUCUUGGCCUUCUGAUGCAUUACCCACUAAUUGGGGAUGUACACUCACUGAUUCUUAAGGCUCUGUUCCUUCGAGAUCCAAAGAAAAAUCCAAGACCAGUGACUUAUCAAUUCCAUCCAAAUUUAGAUUACUACAAAGCACGGGGAGCAGACCUCAUGAAUAAAAGCCGGAUCAAUGCCAAAGGUGCUCCCCUGAACAUAAAUAAGGUCUCUAAUAGCCUGAUUAAUUUUGGAAGAAAGUUGAUGUCUCCAGCAACGGUCGCAGGCAGUGUGAGUGGCCCAGUGCCAGGAGGCAGCAGCGGGAACUCGUGCAGCUCCUGCACUGCUGGGGUUCCCACCAGGACCUUCGCAGAGGCCCCCCAGCACCACUCACAGCAGCAGCAGAGGCUGAUGAAAUCAGAAAGCAUGCCGGUGCGGCUCAACAGAGGAGAUGUAGUUACAGGAAGCGAUGCUCAGGUUUCUGUUCCAGUCCAGACUCUAACUGACCUCCCAGGACAAAGUUCUAAAAACAUCAGUUCAUCUCCAAGCAUUGAGAGUCUGCCUGGAGGAAGAGAAGCCACUGGCUCCCCACCUUCAUCUGCUAUGAAAAAGGAUUCCUUUUUUAGCAACAUCUCUCGUUCCCGCUCACACAGCAAAACUAUUGGCAGAAAAGAGUCUGAAGAAGAACUAGAAGCCCAAAUUUCCUUCCUUCAAGGACAGUUGAACGACCUGGAUGCCAUGUGCAAAUACUGCGCGAAGGUGAUGGACACUCAUCUAGUAAAUAUUCAAGAUGUGAUAUUACAAGAAAGUUUGGAAAAAGAAGAUCAAAUUCUGGUUUCCCUGGCAGGACUAAAGCAGAUCAAAGACAUUCUCAAAGGUUCCCUGCGUUUCAACCAGAGCCAGCUGGAGGCUGGGGAGAACGAGCAGAUCACCAUCGCGGACGACCACUACUGCUCCAGCGGGCAGGGCCAAGGCCAGCGCCAGGGCCGCCCGAUGCCCAGCGCCGCUGAGCAGGCCCCUCCCGAGAUGCCAGGGCACACAUGCCCCAGGAGCUCAGAAGGCUUCGUCCUGGUUUCCAAGGAAGAUGAGAUGGGCAGUGCCAGGGUGCCCCUCCCGGGCCAGGCCCAGCUGCUCCGCACCUUCAGAAGCACAUCUGGGAAGAGCGAGUCCCCUGCCCCCUCCCCGCUGGUGUUCUCUGACCCGCUGACGGGCCCGGCCUCGGCGUCCUCCAGCAACGCCAGCUCCAGCCCUGACGACGACAGCAGCCACAGCAGAGACUCCGGCUUCACCAUCGUGAGCCCCCUGGACAUCUGACCACAGCACCCAGCCUGCCCCGGUCUGAGGCUGCCCUGUGCAGACCCUCCUGAAACCAACACUUUGUUCCCAGAAUGCAGGCAGCCCUGGCGUGGCCCAUCAGACCUGGUCAGAAGCAGAUAGGGCCACAGAGCACACAGGCUGAUGUCCACAAGCACUGCUCGGCAGAGCUGGGGUGCACAGCCAGUCUCACACCCACCGUCACAGUCACCCCCCGAACCAUCAGAGUCACUCCUCUGUCCUCUCCUCCCCAGCUGAGUGUGGCCAUCCCAUGGAGCGUACGGAGAAGAAGGAAGAAGAGUUGGUUUCAAAUCUUCCCUCCCCCCAGAGCAUCAGGCACAGGAAAACUGAUAUCAAAACACUUUCUGGAAAUCUGUAUCUCAGCCUAUCUCAUUCCUCUCAGAAAGCCAUACAGCCAAAUACAACAGAACAACCUGGAAAAACCCAUUAUGGGCCUCUCCAAAACUUCAAAUGAUCUUUAGAAGUGGGGUCAAAGCUUAGGUUUCAUAUUUAGGUGUGAUGUGGUUUGGCUGUUUCCAUUUGUUAAAGAACAUGCUUCCAAGUCCCUGGCUGGAUCACUCUGGCCUUCGCUGGCCCCUUAAACAAUUGCUUUUCGCCUUGUAGCAUCUUUCACAGCCAGGAAACAAGGUCACUUUAAGCAGACCUUUGCUGCACUGGUUUUAAUAGUUUUAAGACUUAUUAUUUCUUAAAUUAGCAAAUGUGAACCUGAUUUUACAGGAGAAACAUUUUUUAGACACUUGAUUCUCUAGCAAAGUUUCUGUAGUUUGGGGGCUGUACUCACCUGUCAACUGAAGAGUAAAGGGAAAACCCCAGCUCCUUCCUUUCUAGAGUCAGGGCUCCCAGUGACUUAAAGGUAACAGUAACAGGGAUUAGACCUGGCGUCCCUUCUCUGGGAGCAGGGCUUCCUGAAGAACAUUCCAGAUGCCAGGAGGAUGUGGGAUUUCUGCACAGCCUUCCCCUGCUGGGGAUCGCAGGAACUGGGGUGUGAGCUCAGCUGUGCACCGUGUCCGAGGCACCACUGCCAGAGCGAGACCAGACCUGCCACGCCACUGCCUUUCUGGGCUCCCACGCAGAACAGAGGCCUCCCCUUGGCAGUUGUCAGCAUAGGGAACCCCGAUGGCACAAAGCCUCACAUGAGCGACUUCUCUCCUUAAGGACGAGGGCCCUGAAAAGAACACGUGUCUCUCCUGAGCAGGAGUCCCAGCCACUGUGCACAUUUUGCCUCCAUCUGAGGUGAGCAGCCCUUGCCCUGGGGCGGCUGCUCCUUUGGGCUCUCCUCCGAGGAUGGCAAGGCCCCUAGGCAGUGGAAGCUUCCAUGGCCACAAGCGAAAAGCUAAGUGUGUGGGAAUAGACAUCUUUCCAUGCCUCCCACUGAUAACCACGUAUUUCUCUAGACAUAUGUGGUAAUGACCAUUUCCCACUUGUUCUCCAAGAAAACAGAGAUGACUCAAGCCAGCUACUGCAGAGAGAGGUCCAAUUAGCUCCGCAGUCAGUUCUGAGCCCCUAGCAGGGAAAUCUAACACAUCCGCGUGUAAGGUGAGCAGUAACUCUGGUUUUGCUCGGAUGACAGGGUCGUUUGGCCUUCCACGGUGGCUCGCUGUGCACCGACCUGCCCUCUGGCCCCUGACUCUCAGUGCUCUGCUCAGCGCCUGCAGGGGGAACUCCCUGAGUAAGUGGCUGCCAAGCGCAUGUCCCCUUGACCACACCUUACGAGCACCCCUGGUCCUCACAUGUGAGCGGCCCGCAGCCCCGCAGGUUGCAUUCCUUUGUCUAAAGGGCCUGGCUUUGGACAGUGUUGGCUAUGGCAGUGCUAAAAAAGUAUGGAGCCGCCCUUGCUGGGCUCCAGCAGAGGCUGGAAGGGCCCGGGGGCUGUGUGUCCCCGGGCAGCUGGGCUACUUUCUUCUGCUCUGCAUUUCCUGUGCACUGAGCCAGAAUCACGGGAGCCCAGCCCCUGACCACAUGGGAGCCGCCAGACCCCCACCACCCCCACAAGGCUCAGCUCGCCCCCUCCUGUUGGUCUCACUGACCUACCAAUGCCUGGAGUGGCCCCGAAUCCUGGGCUGCCGCGCCAGAGCCACAUGAGAACCAGUGGGUCAGUACCGGGUGCUGCCGCACAAGUCAACGGGCUGCCCGCUGCCCAGAGGAGAAACACAUGGGUGAACAGGCCACAGUGCCAUGCUCAGUCCUCAGGGUCACGGGGUUUGGGAGCUGUAUUACUGUCUUACCUUGAAGCGACUAUUUUUUAUUCUUCAUAGCUGAAUAUUGUUUGCAUUUUUAUUAGCUACAGAGUUAUCAAAGCAUAUGUGUUCCUCCUUUUUAUUAUCUUAUCAGGUACUUAUGUUUAAUUGCACAUUUUUAAAAAUCCUGAAUAUAUGAAACCUUUUGGUUUUUUUAACAAAUGUAGUCAGUUGAACCCUCUUGCAUUUUGAUUAUUAGCAGUUAUAUAUUUUUUAUAUACAAAAAGCUUAGAUUAAUUCUAUCAUCUACUUUUUUAUACACAUGUUGUGUUUCAUGCAUUCCUCUCUGAUCUGUCUGAAAAUCUGAGUUGCAUUUAUUUCGGUCCCUUAUGUAAGAGAGUCACAGAUUAGAGAAAAACAGUCUUUAUGACUGUGCCUUACCUUGUGCAUAUGCCAACGGGUCUUAGAAUACUUCAGCAUUUAAUUAUACUGGUUGAUUCUUCCAAAGAUGACCUGCUAGUGUUCACUGCUAACUGCAGUGUAAGAAAUAAUAUUACUGCAGAGUGAAUGCGACUGAAACCAAGAACUCCCUGUGAUCUGCCUUCUCUGCAUCAACGGAGCUGAAUCUCGUGCAUCAGGCCUUCAGGAUUUGAUUACCCACCGUUAAUGAAAAACACUCCUCACCUUUGUCAGAGAUGACGGAUAUAAACUCUGUGAUGUGUUGUAUCUUAAUGAUCACCUGCCAGAGAAGGCUCACAUGUAUUAUUUUUGUUUUCAUUUUAUUGUUUCUUUAAGAAGCUGCCCCCAGGGAUCAUUAGAACAAGAGUGUGUGGAGGCCCCAGCCGGCGCCCUGAGCAGCUGUCCUGUGGAGCCGGGCCACCCCAUGCCUGCACCCCUGCUUGCCCCGGCAGGUGCAGGGACUUAGGGAAUCUGCGGGAUGGGGAGGGGCCCGGACAGCACCUGACAGGCAGGCUUCCUUCUGGCAGGCCAAAACCGCUUCCUCUGCAUUACGGUCAAAAGCUCCCUUUUUAUAGUGUUAAAAAAAAUGCAAAGUUGCUGUAAACAGGUUUGAAACCACUUUGAUGUGAAAGUUGUCAUAAUACUCUUUCUCAUGAUGGCACAAUUCAUUUGAUUUAUGGAAUACUGAGUUGUGCCAUUUAUAUCCUGUUGCUUUUUUCUCAUUCAGCCUUAUGCUGUAACUCAUGUUGAUUUAAGAAAUGACUUACCCUUUUGGCAGAGUGAUCCCAUUCAAUACAGUUAUAAUAAAAGACUAAUGUGAAACUGAGAA